AUUUCCCAAAACCCUAAAUCAGUCAAAUUCAAAUCCGCCGAAAUUCUCACAAUUUCAAUAGCCAUGGCAGAGGAAGUUCCAGCAACAGCAUCAUUCACUCCCUACGUCCACUCCCAAACCCUAACUUCUCACAUUCGCGCCGUCUCCUCCGUGAAAUUCUCGUCCGAUGGCCGUCUCCUCGCGUCAGCCUCCGCCGACAAAACCAUCCGUACAUACACCAUCAACAUCGAAAAUGAUCCAAUCGCCGAGCCCGUACGAGAAUUCACCGGCCAUGAAAACGGUAUCUCCGAUGUUGCCUUUUCUUCAGACGCGAGGUUUAUAGUCUCAGCUUCCGAUGACAAAACCUUAAAGCUAUGGGACGUUGAAACUGGUUCAUUGAUCAAAACGCUUAUUGGACACACUAAUUACGCCUUCUGUGUCAAUUUCAAUCCUCAAUCAAACAUGAUUGUAUCUGGUUCGUUUGAUGAAACUGUUCGGAUUUGGGAUGUUACUACCGGAAAAUGUUUGAAAGUUCUUCCCGCGCAUUCUGAUCCUGUUACUGCCGUUGAUUUUAAUCGAGAUGGGUCUCUUAUUGUUUCGAGUAGCUAUGAUGGGUUGUGUCGUAUAUGGGAUUCUGGGACUGGACAUUGUGUGAAAACGUUAAUUGAUGAUGAGAAUCCUCCUGUUUCGUUUGUUAGAUUCUCUCCCAAUGGCAAGUUUAUCCUUGUUGGUACACUCGAUAACACACUGAGGUUGUGGAACAUUGCGUCUGCUAAGUUCCUCAAAACAUAUACGGGCCACGUGAACGCACAAUAUUGCAUUUCCUCUGCGUUCUCCGUCACAAAUGGAAAGCGGAUAGUUAGUGGAUCCGAGGACAACUGUGUAUACAUGUGGGAGUUAAACUCCAGGAAACUGCUUCAGAAACUUGAGGGUCAUACUGAGACCGUCAUGAACGUGGCAUGUCACCCGACAGAGAACUUGAUUGCAUCAGGCUCACUCGACAAGUCUGUUAGGAUUUGGACACAGAAGAAAGAAUGAACCAUCACUAUCUCUUCAGAAAUCAUACAUGUAGGUAUGUUCAGAAAUCUUGGUGCUGUAAUCAUCUAUUGCUUACUAAGCUUGUUAGAUUGAUUCUAGCCUCAUUAUGUAAAAGUGCAAUUUUUGUUUGGUGCGAGAGUGUUGUAAACUGGUAGUAGUUCUCUGUGUGACUCAGAACUAUUUAGGUAGGUCUUAAGGCAAAGACAAACUUGAAAUCCUGCGAGUGCAAAGGCACUUCAGAGAAUGAACACAAAUCUUCAUA